AUGGAGUACCACUUCGUUCCUCCGGAGGAGCGCGCCAGAGACGAGAAGGGUAACCUCCUACCCUGGGGCUACGUUUACAAAGAUGAAUCUCGGAACCCUCGUCGACCCCCCGAAGAAUCUGGCCCAUUUGGCAAGCGCAGAAACGCCCGCUAUGAACAUACCCGAUCUCGCACACGCACCGGCACACCGGCAGCAAAGCGCGAAAACCCCAAUGUAGCAGAAUUCGGGCGUCUAUUUGCCCAACAACAAGAAGAGGAGAAAGCGCGCAGCAACACCCUGCCCAAGUCAUCCUCCGCUUCCAACCUCGACAACGCCCGGAAGCAGCAGACAGAGAAAGUCGCAACCGAGUGCAUACUAUACGGUUACAAGAGCAAGGAUUUCGAAUGGAAAGUGAUAGACAAGUACGAGCGGAUCUCUCGCGGGUUCAUCUGUGAGGACUAUCCGCGGACCGACCCCAAUGCUUUGAACGGGUAUUCGCAGCUCCUGAGCGGCGGUGAUGUGGUCAUCCGGGCGAACUUAUCAGCGGACGCGAAUCGCAAAUCGAAGCGCUAUGCGGGCGGAUUUCACUGGAUUAAAGUCACAUUUGAUUCGACGACAGCCGCCGAUCGCGCGUGCUUCUACUCUCCGCAGGAAAUCGAUGGCCAUUUGGUCUUUUGUGAGCUGUAUCAUGGCCAGGGACCUGCGGAGGAUGCCCCUAUCGUACAAGGAUCUACCGAGGCAACUCGUCUCCAGUCGAAGGCGGCGCCUCGCACUUUGACUUCGUCGCAUUCGACGAGUUUCCUCCAACCGAAGGACACAGCCACCAAGGAACGCCAUACACUACCGAGAUCUUUCGCCUCGAAUAACCUGUCCAGUAUCCUCGACGCCCAUGAAGAAGAAUCCCAGGAAUCAUCAUCGACCCCCACCGCUAGCUCCGCAACAGCCACCGCCAUCGAGCAACCAGCACCCCUGCAGCAGCGCACAGUCGCCAAGGAGCCCAAGCCCGAAUCAGACUUCAUGACGCAUAUCCCGACGGUGCGUCGGACGAAGCUCCGACCCAUUACAGAAGCCCUUCCACCUCAGCCUACGGUCACAGAGCGAGUGCUGCGCUCCAUCCCUAUUCUCAGCUGGUUCACAGGUGACAUUGUGGGCGAUGGACCUCAACUCCGCGAAGACGGGGCAUUCGAUUUCGACAAGUCGAACACCUACUGGAAAUUCUGGUACAUGGUCGAUAGAGUCCUGGGGACAGAUAUCUGCGGACUGAAGGAGGAGUCAUGA